UCAGUCAGCCAGUCGGUUGGUAGGUUGGUGAGGUGCUCGGCUACUCCUGUCUGGAUGCUGGGUGAGGAGGGAGCAGACUGAGCAGAAAGAUCUGGAAGGAGAAGAAAGGAUUCCCAGCUGUCGCCUUCUCACCUGACGUAAAAUUCCUCACAGGAUCAGCAGCGGCAGGACUGAAGAAAUUCUGUGGAAUUGGCCUCCUUUUUUGUGUGUGUGGAAGCUGGCUGUGUUCUUUUUUCUAAUCGAGGCUGGAUUGUCUCCUUGCAUACUAAUCAGCUUUUUUAGGAGACACCCAGAGGCGCACACAUCCCUCCAAUGAAUGUGUAGCUGAGCCAUGUCUUUAAGAAGAGAAGGGUCAAGAUGGCGGCUCAGUGGACCGUCUUUGUGCUCAGGGCUUUGGCGAUGGUGGCGGCCGCUCGUCAUUCUGGUCCUGCUUCAGUCGUCCGCCGUCCUUGGUGCGCUGGAGCUGCAGCUGGACGAGGAGCAGCCGGAGGGGACCAUUGUCGGGGACAUCAGUGCCGGGUUGCCGCCUGGUGAGACGGCAAGUCUUUAUUUCAUCUCGGACCAUGAGGGAACAGGUGUGGGGAGUGAUCUCAACAUCGAUGACACCACGGGGAUAAUAACCACAGCACGCCGCUUAGACCGCGAGCAAAGGGACCACUACAGUUUCAUUGCCGUGACCAUGACGGGCGUCACCAUCGAGGUGUCAAUCAGCGUCAAUGACAUCAAUGACCACGCGCCUGCGUUCCCCAGAAAGAAAGCGGUUCUCAAGAUCCCAGAGCACACGGCUGAGGGGACGAGGUUUUCCUUGGAACCGGCGACAGAUGCGGACAAGGACCAGCUGACCACGCAAGGCUAUGCUAUUCGUGAGGGUAAUGUGGGCCAGGUGUUCCGCCUGGAGACAAAGAGAGCUGCCAACAAGGCGCUCUAUUUGGACCUGGUUGUCAACGGACUGCUGGACAGGGAGAAACGUUCAUCAUACAUCUUAGUCCUGGAAGCCUUUGAUGGGGGCUCUCCCAGGAGGGUGGGGUCUAUGACCCUGGAGGUGGCUGUGACUGACAUCAACGACCACGCGCCGGUCUUCAACCAGAGCAGAUACCAUGCUAUCAUUUCAGAAAGUCUCCCACAGGGCAGCAGCAUUCUGCAGGUGUUUGCAGCAGAUGAGGAUGAGGGUGAUAACGGUCUGGUGCUUUAUGAGAUCAACCGACGUCAGAGUGAUCCUGACCGCUACUUCGUCAUGGACCUCAAGUCCGGGGUCAUCACCCUAAACAGACCACUGGACUAUGAGCUGAAACGAGUGCAUGAACUAGUGGUCCAGGCUAGGGACAACGCCAGCCAACCCGAGGUGACCAACGCGUUUGUGACCAUCCAUGUGCGUGACUACAAUGACAACCAGCCCACCAUGACUAUCAUCUUUCUCAGUGAAGAUGGCUCUCCGAGGAUCUCCGAGGGGGCCCACCCGGGUCAGUACGUGGCUCGCAUAUCUGUCACCGACCCCGACUACGGAGAGUAUGCCAAUGUCAACGUGUCUUUGGAGGGGGGCGAUGGGAAGUUUGCACUCACAACCAAGGACAGCAUCAUCUACCUGAUUUAUGUCGAUCAGGUGUUGGACAGAGAGGAGAGGGACUCUUAUGACCUCAGGGUGAUGGCCACAGACUCUGGCACGCCCCCCCUCAGGGCGGAGUCGUCUUUCACCAUCCAGGUGACUGACGUGAACGACAACCCCCCACUAUUUGACCAGCAGGCCUACAGACAGACCAUCCCCGAGGUUGUCUACCCAGGGUCCUUUGUUCUUCAGGUUACCGCCCGAGACAAGGACCAGGGCCACAACGGGGAAAUCAGAUACAGCCUCCUGAAGGGGAAAAACUCUCACUCCGACUGGUUCUCCAUUGACCCGGUCACGGGGAUCAUUACCACUGCGACUGCCCUGGAUUUUGAAUCGGAGCCCGCUCCUAGUGUGACCGUGGUUGCGACGGAUGGUGGACGGCCACCGCUGUCUUCCACGGCUCAAGUGAACAUUGUGCUGCAGGAUGCUAACGACAACACGCCUGUGUUCUCCAGCAGCUUCUACAACGCCUCCAUCAAGGAGAACACGCCAGCCGGGACCUGCUUCCUGGAGGUGUCCGCCACAGAUGAUGACCGCGGAUCCUUCGGCGCUGUGUCCUAUGCCCUGACUUCCAGCUCUGGUGGGGCGCCACCCUCUCAUUUCACCAUUAACAAAGAGACUGGGCAGCUGUGCACCGGCACCACUUUGGACCGCGACGAUGGACUGGACAAGUUUGACUUGACAGUCACUGCAACAGAUGGGGGAGGUCUGAGCUCAGCGGCCCGUGUCAGGGUGUCGGUGGCAGACAUCAAUGACAACCGGCCCUCCUUCUACCCGGUUCUAUACACAGUCAGCCUCAGUGCUCACAGCGCCCCCGGCACCUCCGUCGUCAAGGUAACAGCCAAUGAUCCGGACGCCGGGGAAAACGGCCGGUUGACGUACCGCACAGUGGCUGGGGGAGGUUCUGGCUUCUUUACCCUCAACAAAGACACAGGCGUGAUAUCGCUCUCGCGCUCACUCCAUGGAAAAGCCAACUCGGUCAUCUCCAUGGUGAUAUCGGCCCAGGACGGUGGCGGUCUGACAGCACCGGUCAACGCCAGGGUGAACGUGAGCGUGGUGGGGGGCUCAGUGUCCUCCCCCAUGUUUGAGCAGGAACAAUAUUUCUUUACCGUCUCCGAGGAAGUCCUGAGGGGGACGGCGGUCGGCAUGGUCCGCGCCACAACAAAGACGGCUGCUUCGAAAGACAUCUUCUACUCCAUCUCCUCCGGAGAUCCUGAUGGUUACUUCACAGUAGACAGUGCAUCCGGAACCAUCCGCACCGCUCUUCCUCUGGACCACGAGACCUGCUCCAGACUUGACCUGGAGAUUCAGGCACGCUUUGGCUCCCCUCCUGCCUUCGGGACCAGCCGUGUACACAUAACCAUCUCUGAUGUCAACGAUAACGCCCCCAUCUUCCUACCUUCUUCGUCUGAGUCCCUCCUCCUGCCUGAGAUCACCAAGAUGGGCACCGUUAUCUACCACAUUCAGGCCUCAGACAAGGAUUCUGGUCAUAAUGGUCAGCUCAGCUUUGACCUGGUGUCUGCUGGGGUUGCAGGCAGCAGCGGCCAGAGGACGUUUGGCGUGGACAGAGGCAGCGGGGAGGUGCGACUGAUUGGGGGUCUGUCGUAUGAAAGUGUCCCUCGCUACGACCUUCAGGUGGUGGCCAAAGAUGGCGGAGCACCUCAGCUGAGUGCCACCUUCACACUAGUGGUUCACAUCCAGGCACAGGACGCUCAAGGCCCCCACUUUGACACACUGACGUACCGCGUGGAAUUAAAAGAGAACAUGCCUCUCAACACGCGCUUCCUGCAGGUGCGAGCACUCAACAGAGAGUCAUCUGGGAAUGGAGGAAGCACUUCCUCCUCGUCCUCCAUGUCCUACCGCCUUAGGCCCGACGGGGAUACCGCCGGCUUUGGCAUCAUGCCAGAUAGCGGUUGGCUGUUCGUGCGGAGCUCUCUGGACCGCGAGGUCAAGGACAUGUACCUGCUGACGGUCCUGGCUACCUCGGGUCAGGGAGGGGCAGGAAGAACCGGCAGCGCCACAGUCAGAGUGACGGUGACGGACGAGAACGACAACUCCCCCAGGCUCAGCCAGGACAGGGUGUUCCUGGCGGUCCGGGAGAACCUGCUAGCAGGGACAGGCUUCGGUAGGGUGUCUGCGACAGACCGAGAUGCGGGGCCAAACGCUCGACUCGCAUACAGGCUACUGCACGCUGACAGACAUUUCCAAGUCAACUCCCAGACAGGGGAGAUCAGUACUCGCCUUGCCCUGGACAGGGAGCAGCAGUCCAGCUACCAGCUUGUUGUGGUGGUGCAGGACGGGGGCACGCCUCCACGCAGCGCCACCGGCACCGCUCACAUCACCGUGCUGGACGACAAUGACCACACCCCAACCUUCACACACGCCCGGCCAGACAGGGAGCUUAUCUUUCAUGUGAAGGAGGGGCUUUCCUCUGGGACCGUUUUAGGAACCGUGUCGGCUAAAGACCCUGAUGAGGGAGAAAACGGUACCAUCUACUACUCCCUAUCAGGCUCCAGAGCCGAGCGCUUCGCCUUAAACCCAGCCAACGGGGAGCUUCGAACGGCAGCCCCUCUGAGAUGGACGGAGAGGGCCGAGUACGCCUUGACCGUGACCGCCGCUGACCACGGAGUGCCGAGCCUCAGCUCCACCUGCCAGCUGCGGAUACAAGUUCUGAGCGCUUCCAAGUCCACCCCUAAACCCAACGUGCUCUCCAUGACCCUGAACACGGUGGAAGGCGCUCCCCCGGGCUCCAUCAUCGGCUCAGCCCGUUCCCAUGACCUGCACGAAGCCGCCGUCCUGGAAGGCCAGGUCACCUACCUGGUGGUGGGAGGGACGGACCGGGACAGGACAUUCAUGGUGGACCAUCUCAAGGGGGAUGUGUACCUGGUGCAGGAGCUGGACUACGAGAAGGGGUCCAAAUACACGCUGCACAUCGAGGUGUCGGACUUCUCCCGCUCGUUUCCCAGCAGCCACCUGGUGAAGCUGACAAUCAAUGUGCAGGACAGCAAUGACCAUUCACCACAGUUUACAGAGGACCCAAUAACCAUCGUGAUCCCUGAGAACCUCCAUCCUGACUCCUCUAUAUACACCUUCCAGGCCGUGGACCAGGAUGGUAGUGGCCCCAACAGCGAGCUGCGUUACUCCAUCGAGCACAACUGGCCAGACGUUGACGACCUCCUGAAACUGGACCCCAUCAGCGGCAUUUUGACCCUAGGGCAGAAGUUAGACCAUGAGUCCACGCCCUCUCUUUACCUGGUGGUGCGGGCCACAGACCAAGCAGCAGAUCCUUCACAGAGGCGCUGGGGUUCGGUCACUGCACGAGUGUUUGUUACUGACGAAAAUGACAACGCUCCCGUCUUCAGCUCGCCAUCUGCUGUCAGCGUUAUGGAGGACCAGCCUGUUGGCUUUGUGAUUUUGUACGUGAUGGCCCGAGACGCAGAUGAAGGUGAAAAUGGCAGAGUGUCGUACAGAAUCCAGGCAGGAAACAGCGCAGGUCGCUUCAGCCUGAACCCAAACACAGGCUCUCUGUCCAUUCUGAAAGCCCUCGACCGAGAGGAACACGAGGUCUUCAAUUUGACCAUCGUGGCAGAGGAUCACGGCAUACCUGCACUCUCCACCUCCCAGGUGCUGUCCGUGCAGGUCAUUGACGUGAACGACGAGUCUCCUGUAUUCCAGAAGGCUGAGUUUGAGACUCACGUGCUGGAGAACCAAGGACCGGGCACCACGGUGCUGACGGUGGUUGCCACAGACAGAGAUCAAGGUUCUAACGGUCAUGUGACCUUUGGGGGGGUGACAGAGGAAGGUUUUGUCAUCAAUCCUUCAACUGGUGUCAUCACCACCACCAAGGAAUUGGACAAAGAGCUUCGUGAUCACUACACACUCACUGUCUAUGCACGCGACGGAGGCCUACCUCCUAACUUUGCCAAGGCGGUGGUCCGAGUGCAGGUGCAGGACGUGAACGACAAUGCCCCAGUCUUUGCCAAGCCGUGGUACGGACUGGAGGUGCCAGAGAACCAGGCCCCCGUAGAGCUUUGUUUCCUCAAGGCCACAGACCCAGAUUCUGGUACUGGCGGAGAGCUGGAGUACAGGAUCACCGCUGGAGAUCCAGAUGGGGAUUUCCAGCUCCAUGCCAGCAUGGGAGUCCUGUCUACCUCACGGGGGCUGGAUAGGGAGAAGAGGGCCGGGUACACCCUGGAGGUUGUGGCAGCAGACCAAGGCAGCCCCUCUCUCAGCACCAUGGUCACGGUGGAGGUCAGAGUGAUGGAUGUCAACGACAACAGCCCUACGUUUGGCAGAAGUAGCUACACUGUUGAUGUGUCAGAGGAUGCCGCGGAGGGAUCACAAGUCCUGACGGUGUUAGCAACAGACGCUGAUGAUGACCUGAACGGGAAAGUUCUGUAUUUUCUAAGCCAGGAGGCACACGGAGCGUUCACAGUGGACGAGCACACCGGUAGCAUUACCACAUCCGCGCCUCUGGAUCGUGAAAGACAGGCGUCGUACAGCUUCCAGGUCCUUGCUGUUGAUCUUUCACCAGCGUCACCCAGGAACGCCUCUGCUCAGGUGACAAUCACCAUCACUGAUGUAAACGACAACACGCCCGUCUUUAUUCAGGAUCCACUGGUCAUUGAAGUGUCCAGCAGGCGGUCCCAGCACGUUCUGGCCACCAUGAAGGCCGAGGACAAGGACUUUGGAGCAAACGGUUCUGUGUUUUAUCGUUUUGCCGCGCCAGUGAAGGGAUUCAGCAUCAACUCUCUGACGGGGCAGAUCCAGGCUACAGAGCCGCUGGAGACACUGUCCCAGGCCCAGAGGACGCUCAUCGUGGAGGCAAUGGACCAGGGCACACCUGCACAGUCGGCUCAGGGAGUGGUGGUGAUCUACGUGAAGGAGGUCGAGUACAGUGGCAUCCGCUUCUCCAGGAACGCACGAGACGUCAGCAUACAGGAGAAUGCUGCAAAAGGCACAGCAGUGGCUCAGGCUCAGGCUCAGUAUCCAGACGGAACACGCAAGGGGAUCAGCUACAGUAUCUUCAGCGGAAACCGACAGCAGGCCUUCAGUAUCAGCUCGUCCACAGGUGAAAUCUGGGUGCAGAGCUCCAAGGGGCUGGACUUUGAGGACUCACCCAGACUCCGUAUAGUCGUCAAGGCUGAAACGGUGUCCUCCACUUCAUUCAUGGGCAUAAACCUGAUGCUGCAGGACGUCAAUGACAACCUUCCCCGCUUUCAGCUGCAGAAUUAUGUGGCUUACAUGAGGGAAGCACAGGGAUAUGAGAUGGCCAUCAUACAGGUGGUGGCUGAGGACGUGGAUCAAGGCCAGAAUGGUCAGGUGACCUACUCCAUCCAAUCAUCAGACAUGAGCGGCCUGUUUAAGAUUGACCCCAUGACAGGGAGCAUCACCACGGCGGCCAUCAUGGACCGAGAGAUCUUUACCCAGACCAAGCUGGUACUGACAGCGACAGACAGAGGAAGUCCAAGACUGGCGGGUUCAGCCACACUGACAGUCAUCAUUAUUGACCAGAAUGACAACAGUCCCACUAUUCCCUUGCCACAGGAAAUACGCAUCUCAGAAAAUACACUGAUAGGCACAGAGAUCACCCUUGUGACGGGUAAUGACGUGGACUCCAGCCCCGCCCUGUCCUACUCUUUACACCUGGACCCGACUGCCUUGGGCAAGUUUGGGAUCCACCGUUUCACCGGAGGGGUGUCCCUCACAGCCCCGCUGGACUUUGAGGAGAAGACGUGGUACACCGUAACCGUCAGAGCCACGGACAGCGAGCAUCAGACGGAGGCCAAUAUUACCAUUGUGGUGGAGGACGUAAACGACAACGUACCUGCGUUCACCCAUGACCUUUAUCAGGUGACCCUGCCUGAGCACACGCCAGCAGGAAGUGUGGUGGUCACGGUAACAGCCACCGACAGGGACUCUGGCGAGAACGGAAAGAUUGCCUACAGCGUGCUGUCGUCAACUCAGGAGGGCUUCUACGUUGAUCCCAACAAUGGAACAUUGUUCAUCAAUCACAGAGCAGAGUUUGACCCUGAACGCCCUUCAGUCAACAUUGUCAUUGAAGCUCGCGAUGGGGGGUCACCCUCGCUCACCACCCUCACUACCGUCCAGGUCCAAAUCGCUGAUGUCAAUGACAAUGCUCCUGUGUUCCACCAGUCAGAGUACAGGGCGACCGUUCCGGAGGACACGAUCCCAGGCGCCACAGUCCUGACUUUCGAGGCCUUCGACAGCGACCUUUCCCGAGAAAAUUGCGGCUUUGACUUUGCCAUCGCCAGUGGAAACGAAGGCAACGCAUUUCAGAUUGAAAGCAGUGUGCGUUUCUUAGAGGGGCGGGGCUUCCAAACCAUCGGCACACUGCUCCUGGCCGAGGGCGUGGAUUUCGAAAGCAAGCCGCUAUACAACCUCACCGUGGUGGUGUCGGAUCGCGGCGUUCCCCAGAAGAGCUCCAGCGUGGCGGCUGUGAUUACCAUCAGUGACGUGAACGAUAAUCCUCCAGUGUUCAGCAGGGCGGAGUAUACGGUGUCGCUGAGUGAAGGAGCAGUUGCAGGCACUGAGAUCAUACGACUGACUGCCACAGAUCCAGACUCCGCUCCCAACGCAGAGGUCCAGUAUACCAUCAGCUCUGGGGACGAGGUCAACUUAUUUGUUGUGGACCAAUGGACCGGAGCCCUGCGUCUUCAACAGGCAUUGGACCGGGAGCACCAGCCCAUUCACACGGUCAUCAUCCAGGCCACAGAUGGACAGGGACAUUUUGCACUCGUUCCAGUCAACGUCGAGGUUAAAGAUGUCAACGACAAUCAUCCUUUCUUCCCUGUGGAAGUCCUAACAGCAAGCAUCAGAGAGAACCAACCCGCAAACUCUCCUGUGACCGUUCUCCACGCCAUAGACCACGACACAGGAGUCUUUGGGCAACUGAAAUACUUCAUGAUGGAGCGGUCUGUGGCGGGAAAGGACUUCUCCGUGGACGCCAACACUGGAGAAAUUAGGAGCAAAAAUCUCUUUGACUUUGAGAAGAUCAAUUCCUUUAACUUUGUCGCCUUGGCAGUCGAUGCUGGAAACCACUCGGCCACUGUGACAGUGCAGGUGUUUGUAACUGGUGAGGAUGAGUAUGACCCUUUUUUCACAUCCUCAGAUUUCUCAUUUGAGGUCCCAGAGGAUGCCAGGAAAGGUCAGAGCAUCGGCCAAGUUGCGGCUCGCGAUGAGGACGGAGGAGUGGACGGUAUUGUGCUCUACUCCUUCCCUACAAUCUCGCCUUACUUUGAGGUGAACAAAACAACUGGAGAGAUAUUCCUCAAGCUUGACAGCUCAGGCAGCAGCGGUGGGUCGGGCCGGGCCAAAAGGGAAGCCAGGGUGAUGACACUAGACGUAAAAGCUCACAGUCCUCUGGAUACUUCUCGUACUGCAACAGCACAGAUCUCCAUUGAUGUCACCAACACCAGCUUUGGCCUGGCCCCUGAUGUCAACAUACUGCUGAUCGUUAUCAUUGCCGUGUCCCUGGGCGUGAUCGUCCUGCUGGUGGUCAUGGCGGUGGUGGUGUUUCUGGUCAAGUCACGCAGGAGGAAGAAAGGCCAGAAUGCUGGAAACAGAACUGCUGCCUCAGGGAAUGCUCUGAAAAACAUGGACAACUGCAGCUCAGGACAAGGAGGGGAGAGAAUCUACCACCAGGCCUUGCCAGGCUAUGUUGGAGACCAGGGUGGUGGAGGCGGGGGUCCAUACACAAGAGGGGGCUCUCUGGAUCCAUCUCACUCCAGCGGAAGAGGCUCAGCGGAGGCAGCUGAGGAUGACGAAAUCAGGAUGAUAAACGAGUACCCCCGUGUGGCCUCCAUCACCUCCUCCAUGCAGGAGCACAUCUCCGCCAGGGGACCAGACUCUGGCAUUCAGCAGGACGCUGACCAGCUCUCUGACGUCUCCUGUGAGCCAGCAGCCUUGGAAGGCAGCACUUGGUUCAAAGGCAAAAAGCUGGGUGGCAGCCUGAGUGGGACUUUACUGUCUGGACAGCUCCCGGUUUACAGGGACGAAGGUGGUGGCUACCUGGGGGUUGGUCGGGGCCUCAACAUCUCCCUCCCUAAAGAUUACGCCUUCCCUGAGGAUGGAAAACCGGCAGUGGACGGUUCCCUCACCGCUAUUGUUGCCAGUGAUGAGGAGCUUCGCGGAAGCUACAACUGGGACUACCUGCUCAACUGGUGCCCACAGUUUCAGCCUCUGGCCAACGUCUUCACUGAGAUCGCACGGCUGAAAGACGAGACAGCCCAGCAGACCCAGAACCCCCGCCAGCCUUUCCAACCCAAGCCCAAAAUGGACCCCAAACCCAGAAUCGAUCCUCCGCCACUCAUCACAUCAGUCGCACACCCAGGGGCCAUGUCAGUUCCGCCAAAAGUCCCUGUGAUCGGACGGACAUUUCCCCAUUUAGCGUCGCUCAGACGGUCCCCCAUCAGUCACGAGGGGUCCAUUUCAUCAGCGGCCAUGUCCCCUAGCUUCUCGCCGUCACUGUCACCACUGGCGGCACGCUCGCCUGCCGUUUCUCCUUUUGGAGUCAACCAAGGACCCUCAGCGUCCAUGAUCAGUGCCCGGGAGCCCUCACUGGACAAGAGUCCUGAUCAUGAGAUGAGAAUAUAAAAGAACUAUUUAAAACAUAGAACAGUUACACAAACAAAGCAUGAUGGGACUUUUUUCAAAGGACAAAAUGGAGCGUUGGACAGUUGGACGACAGGGCAUGUGUUUUGACAGAACCAGCCCCCUUGAUGGACUGAUCAGGGACUUAGUGUGUCACUAGUGUCCAUGUUUCCUCACUGGCUGGCCAGAGAGCACCUUGUCCCUGUCUUUGUGUCUGUGGACAUUCGGCACAUUUCAGUAUUAAAGUGAUUGUUUGACGUGCCAAUGUGGGGCAGACACGGAGAUUAUUGCCCGUUUCAUGCCACAUUUUCUUUUAUUUUUAUAUAUUUUUCAUGGUUUCAGAUAUUUUAUUGUUGUUGUGAUUGUAGCUCAUGAGAGACUUUUGUGUUUGUUGGCAUUAUUUAUAUGAACAGCGGAGAUGCAGUGAUGAUUUUGUAUUUUAUUAUUUUUGUCAAAUGGCCGAUCAAACCAUGACCAGGACAGUACAUGGCUGCUCCUCCAGCAGAUCACCUCUGUGUCUUUUCAAUGAAAGUGCUUCCAAUAGCCAUUGAGUGUUCAUAUAUGCAAAGCAUCACAACAACAUAACUUGUGUGUCCUACAAGCAGAAAGGAAAAAGCUGAAUGCAAAAAGUUGAAUGAAUGUACUGAAACAUCAGGCAGUAUUUGUCCUUACCUGACAUUAGCAUAAACAGGAUUCCAGUGAUCUGCUCAUAAGGAUCUCCUCCACUCUCUGCAAGCCAGCCACUUGAUUUAGAGGCCUCAGGCACACAGAAACAAAAAGCUGUACACGUAUUUAAAGCAAAUAAAGCAAACAAUAAAUUCCCCACUGAUCCUUUUC